AAUCAAUUGAUUUUAAGUUACAAGUUAACUGCACGAACAUGUCCGCUACAGAAACCAUUACUCGGCCUGUCCAGCCGGACAUCCAGUAUCAUCCCGAGUACGAAAAGUACAAAGCGCGUUCUCUUCGUCGCAAGGAAACGGAAACCUUACCAACUACUCUGCCGGAUGGGUUUCCACUGGAAUUGAAAUCCCCGCUAGUCUGGGAGGGAAAGGAUGUCGAGAAACGGGAUGAUUGGCUUUACCAUCUGAGUGAGGCUGAGUUAGAUGAGAUUGAUGCUGCGCUGCAGCAUUUUAAAUCCCUCAACCUCCCCCUCGGCCACAUCAACGCAUCCACCUUCCCCCUCCCAACCCUCCACCCCACCUUGCGAAGCCUAUCCAAAGACAUCCACGCCGGCCGCGGCUUCAUCGUCCUCCGCGGCCUGCGCAUCGACGCGCACACCCGCCAAGACAACAUAAUAACCUACACCGGUGUAUCCUCACACAUCGGGAGCAUCCGCGGCCGCCAGCAAGACACGCGUCUGGCCAACGGGACGUCCCCCGUAAUCUCACAUAUCAAAGACCUCACCACCACCGCUGACAAAGGCAAGAUCGGGGCUCCGUCGAACACGCCUGAUAAGCAGGUGUUUCAUACGGAUGCGGGGGAUAUCAUCUCGCUUUUGUGUUUGCAGACGGCUGCCGAGGGGGGUGAGAGUUAUUUGGCUAGUAGUUGGUUGGUGUAUAAUAUUUUGGCCAGGGAGCGGCCGGAUUUGGUGAGGACGUUGGCGGGGGAGUGGCCGCUUGAUGGAUUUGGAAAUCCGGAUAGACCGUAUACGCUUCGGCCACUGCUGUACCACCAGCCUGCUACAGAGGCUACUCCGGAGCGUGUGCUGAUUCAGUACGCACGACGGUACUUUACCGGUUUCCUAGCGCAGCCUCGAUCAAAGGAUAUCCCGCCUAUCAGCGAAGCGCAGGCCGAAGCACUCGACACGCUGCACUUUCUAGCAGAAGAGCAUAAAGCUUCCCUUGGCUUCCAGAAAGGUGACAUCCAAUACGUCAAUAACCUCAGUAUUUUCCAUGCGCGGAAUGGAUUCACGGAUGGGCCGGGACAGGAGCGCCAUCUAUUGCGACUCUGGCUGCGCGACCCCGAAAACGCAUGGGAAACACCAAAACAGCUAGAGCCCCGGUGGAAUACAGUCUUCGGGGAUGUGACCGUGGAAGAGCAGGCGUUUCCUCUGGAGCCGGCUUUGCGGAGGAAUGUUGGGUCUUAGCUCUUAGGUGCUUUUCUCGGAGAAUUGCGAUAAGCACGUAGUACAGAAUAUAAAUUGUUGCCGAUGGG